CAUAUUCUAUGUCGUAAUAAAUCAUUAUAUAUAUAGUAUAUACUAUUAAAAGCGAUUAUUAAGCACAAAAUCUUAUCUAUUUAAAUUAUGAUAUAUAAAGAUUCUGUCAUUUAUAUUAGUAUUAUUUAUACUUUAAAUCUUAUUAAAUUAGAUAACUUGUUAAGUUUAAUUAUUAAAUUCGAUAUUGAGUGAAAAUCAUAUUAUUUUAUAACGAAAAUAAUAAUAAAAAAAAUGUCAGAAAUAACUCUUGAACCACUUGUUGGACCAUAUGAUCUUGGUGAAGGUCCUCAUUGGGAUUCUAUUUCUCAAAAACUUUAUUUUGUUGAUAUAUAUGUCCAAAAAGUAUUCAGAUUCGAUCCUGCAUCUGGUAUUGUUACCUCUGUGUUUAUUGAAAAUGGACCAGUUGGAUUUGUUGUUCCUCUUGAAGGAUGCACUGAUAAAUUUGUUGCUGGAUGUGGUAUAGAUUUUGUACUUUUUUCUUGGAAUAGUGAGAAAAGCCUUGAAAAUUGUACAGCUCAAAUAUUAGUUAGUGCAGAUAGUGAUAGAAUAGAGACAAGAUUGAAUGAUGGAAAAGUAGAUUCUUCUGGAAGAUUAUGGGCUGGAACCAUGGGUCAUGAAAAAAAUGGAAUUUUUCCACCUAAUGUAGGAUCUCUUUAUUCAAUUGGUAAUGAUUUUAUGUUGAAAAAACAAGUAUCUCCUGUAUCUAUAAGUAAUGGAUUAGCCUGGAAUUCUAAUAAUGAUAUAUUUUAUUAUAUUGAUUCACUCAGCUAUCAGAUUGUGGCAUAUAAUUACAAUUCUCAAACAGGAAUCAUAUCAAAUAAGAAGAUUGUGUUUGAUUUCCUAAAAAAUAAUAUUUCUGGAUUACCAGAUGGUAUGACUAUAGAUACAAAUGGAAAUCUUUGGGUUGCUGUAUAUGGUGGAGGUGGUAUUCUCAACAUAAAUCCGAAAACAGGUGAAUUGUUGCGUUUUGUUAAGAUUAAUAAUGCUAAGAACAUAACUAGUGUUGCUUUUGGUGGUCCUAAUCUUGAUAUUUUGUAUGUAACAUCAGCGCGUAUUGGAUUAAAUGAGAAUCAAUUAAAAGAGCAAUUACAUGCUGGUUAUUUAUUUGCCAUUAAAGGUUUAGGUGUUUGUGGUUUUCCUGCCAAUUCAUUUAAACUACCAAAAAUAAAUUAAAAUAGAUAUACAUAUAAAUAUUUAAAAUAUAUACAAAUAUAUAUAAAACAUAUUUUUUUAAUAUUAAAUUACUAAAUAACAAAAUUUAUAGAUUGUAUAUAAAAAUUCUCUGUAGCAAUUUUUGAAAUAAACAUUUUAAACUAAAAAAAA